GCCCCCAUUCGCGCCCCUGCGGCUCCUCCUGACCCCGCCCGCCCAGGGCGAGGCAGCGCGAACCGCGGUUCCCAGCAUGCACCGCAGAUGGGACUGAGCCCGGAAACAUCCGCGACCCACGUCCGGGCGCGCGUUACGCUAUGGGACUACAGCUCCCAGGGUGCCGCGCGCAGUAGUCGGCCCGCCCCUGCCACGGGGUCGUUGCAGGAUGGAGACGCGGGCAGAGCGCGCGAGCGGCUUCAGGAAGGUCCUUCCUUCUUGCUGUCUUCGAUCAGUUCAUUUGAGACUGUGAACAAAAUACUUCAUCUCCACUUCAAAGAUGACAAAACUCGAGUCAGCAGUGAUGCUUUGCUGCUAAUGGCAGAAAUGCUGAACGUGUUUGUUCGAGAAGCUGCAGCACGUGGAGCACGGCAGGCUCAGGCCGAGGACCUGGACAGGGUGGAUAUUGAACAUGUGGAGAAAGUGCUGCCACAGCUGACACUUGAUCUCUGCAUCUCAGAGGUUAUGUUCUCCGGACCCAGAACUCCCUUUACUCCUCAGAGAGAAGCAAACACUAAUAUUAACAGCACUACAAAUAUGCCAGAGAAUCAGAGACUGUCCAUCUCCACAGGAAGUCACAACAGAGUUUAAAGCCAAAAGCCACCACCAGAUCUUCUAGUUUGACCUAAUCUAUCACAGGCCACCACCACUACCCGACACCCACGCAACAAACCUAACAACCAAAAUUAGACCAAAGUACUACAGCCCACAGGAGACUAAAUUAUAUUUCACAGGCAGAGGAGGUGAUCCAAUGCCUAAGCUUACAUCUAGGAAAACUUCGCGUUUUGGGCCAUCAGUCUAAGGAUCCACCCAUUACUGACAGAGCAGCCUUUGACUUUGAGUGAUUAGUGAUCUGAAGUUCUAUUUCACAUGUUUAAAUACGAAGGCACUCAGAAACUAUGGUGGUGAAUGUGGUACACAACAUCCAGAAAGCCUUGGGUGAGUCAGGUCUGCACCCCAUAUUCUUCACAGUGAUAGAUUAUGACAUAAUUGUAAUGUAUUUUAUACAAGAUAAGUCACGUGAGGGGUCACUGGAAAAGUUAUGAUUUGCUGAAUAUGAUUAUCCUAUUUGUAUGCAUGUAUCAUUUUUGUGUCUGAAGGUAUGAAUGUUGACUGUAUAACUGUAUUUCAAAUGUAGUUACACCUGGGUAACGCCCACUAGACAAGAUGCUUUCAGUCUAGAUAGUGAGUGGGGAAGGGCUUAUUCAGGGCAAUGAGCCACUAGCAAAAAACAAUAGGCUUUAGGAGAAGCUUAUCUCCCACCUGGUAAUCCUUCCUGUGAUGGCUACAGAGAGCUCCAAGUAAUGACUUCUGUGACUCUACAAGGACAUGUGAUCAGACCACAUGUCUCUAGACUCCAUUUUGGGAUGUCAGUAUUUUUCCACAGACUGGUCUGAGAACCAAGCUUUGAAACAAAGGAUUCCCGCCAUAUGCAAAAUUUAUAUAAGGCAGGGAGUGACAUCUUGGUGGGAAGUGAAGAACACCAAAUGAAGACUCCUGGAAACACCUGAAGAACAAAGACUGAACUGGGAGAAGUGCUAGACCUAGGCUAAAGGGGUUUCUAGCCUGUGAAUAAAACACCUGGAGAUUCCAAGCUGUAAAGCAAGUGCAGCUUGCCCCUUAAGAAUCUGCAGCCUGCUUGUAUCAUCUCUUAGGAUGAGAAUCUGCUACUCCUAUCCAAUCUAUUUAGUAUGUUAAGCUUAGUUUGCAUUUUUUAUUUGCUAGGUAAUCUGCUUUGAUCUGUUUGCUAUCACUUAUAAUCACUUAAAAUCUAUCUUUUGUAGUUAAUAAACUUGUUUUUGCU